AUGGCUAGCCAAAGGCUAAAGCCUGAUGUUGCUACAUAUGGUUCCUUUAUUUAUGGCCUUUGUAAGGAAGGGAAGAUAUCAGUUGCUGUCCAGGUGCGAGACCAAAUGCUUGAGAAUGGGAUUACUCCAAGUGUGGAUAUAUACAAUACGAUAUUGGAGGCAAUGUUCAAAAGAGGGAAGUUUUGGGACAUUAUCUCAGUAUUGAAAGAUAUGGCUAGGGAUGGGUGCGAACCUGAUUCAGUCUCUUUAGAUAUUUUACACCGAGCAGCGACAAAAGGUUGGAUGAAGGGUUUUCCUAAGGCUGCAAAAUGUCUGGGGUUUGUGAUAUCUGGUAGUUGUCAAAAGGAGGCACGUCACAAGGAGAUACCAUGCUGAUUGACCAAGAGAAUUGUGCCAGAUUUGAUUGCUUCAUUAUCAUGACUCGCACCCCGUAGCUGAAACCUGUUUUGGCUUGAAUGUUGUUCCCCGCAGACUCUAUUCAGAACUUGGAACCAGGAGUGCCAUUUUGGUAUUGAGCAGUGCUAGCCUGGAUACACGCAAUUGAAGAGGAUCUGAGUUUGGAAAAAACCAGAACCCACAAAUCCUAUGCGCAGCCGCAAUGAUGAUGGCGGUUGGUCCUCCACAAACUCGUGGAUUGAGAUUCUACUUAAGUACUUCCACAUUCGCACUUGCCCUGUUAUUUCAAACCACUGCUCCACCUUUUGCAGCUGCAGUCCCUGUUCAUUGCAUGUGCUCGAUUUAAAGUUACCUCCUGCUCGAAUUCGUCAUUGAUGAACGAAGAACCUAUUUGUGGGUAAGUUGAGCAUCCAUACCUGAGGUAAUGUUUUGGAAUUUGACUUCCUACCACCCUGUGAUUAGACUUUCGGAUCUUGAAGACCUUGAAAUUCCUCCAUUUUAAUUGCUUCUUGUCGCUUUUUCCACCCUUUCUUUUGACAUCUGUUCAUGGCAUGGCACGACUGUUUUGGAAUGUCUAGAGAAAUCAGUUGAUCACAUGCGACAUUUCAACACUCCUGUUGAUAUACUUAGAUGGAGACAUAAGAAAUUGCUUAAUAAAAUGAUAUAUUUGAUACUGAAAAUGGAUAGAGCUUAUUUGCACUACAUCAAUCACCAAAAUUUUGCUUUCUUGCUGUGCGAUAUUAAAACUCCAUCCUAGUAUCCUUCAUAAGCUUGUUGGGGCUUCUCACUUUCAUAUAAAUGAUUUUUUCUGUUGAAGAUAUUGGUGUCAUAUCAUGGGGUGACUUGCUCAUUCCAUGCCAUUUUAGAAAGCUAUUCUAUUAUAUGCAUACUUCGGGUUAACUUAACCUAUAGAAUACCAUAUCUACCAGAAAAAAAUUGGAAACAUAUUGAGAGUACCAGUUGUAAUUGCCUUAUCCUUCUCAUCUAUUUUAGUCUUUUAAGAUUUCCUUCCAUUUCAUGUUUAUUAAAUGAUUUAGCUCAGUUCUACUGUGCUGUGUGCUAUUCGAGGGAAACUACCAAACUAUUGUCAUUGUAAGAGCUAAAUGAUUUAAGUCAGUUUUAGUCACCACUUCCUAGAACUAAUUUUAUCCAAUAGUUAUGCUGUUUUAUGUAGCCUUCAGAGUAUUUAUGCCACAUUCUGCCUUCAAGAGCAUUUUGGCAGCUUCACUUGUUCUUUAGUGAAUACUGCUUCUGCGUUUUCUAUGUUAAAAUUACUAUUGUUUUAUGGUCCUUUUGGUGGUAAAGGGGGAUUACUUAUGUAACUAUUGGACUCAUUGAUGGAGUUUUCAUCUCUUGGUAGGGAGGAAAGAGUUGGUUUCACUUCUUUCUUUGCUUAAUUCAAUUACUUUGGAGUCUAAAUGGGGUGGAUAAAAGGUGUUGGGUCAUUGACUUUGACACAUCGGGGUUAUUCUUGUGCAAGUCCUACUUUGAUUAGUUGAUUGAUGAUCUAUCAAUUCCUUUUUUUAUCUGUCAUUGAAGAUUUGGAGAGUUAAGGUGCCAUUGAAAGUGCAAGUUUGUGUAUGGGUAAUUGCAUAUGGUAAGAUUAAUAUAGUGUUAUGUUACAAAUAAGGAGGCCUUCUACUUGUUUGAACCCACAAUGGUGCAUUAUGUGUAGAGGUAGUAGUGAAAUCAUGGAUCAUUUAUUCCUUCAUUGUCCAAUAGCAUUGUCGUUGUGGAAUAAAUUAUUUGUGUUGGUGGGCCUUUGUUUUGUGGUCCCGAUAUCUAUUUCAUCAAUAUUUAGUGUGGAUUUUAAAGGAUAAGGUGGAGGUGGGAAAGGUGUGAUACUAUGACAUUAUGCUUUAUUUGCCAUUGUUUGGAUGUAAAAGAAUGCGAGAUUUGAAGAUAAAAUGGAAGUGUUGGAGGGUCUAUGGGAAAAGGCUUAUUUUUUAGCUUCUUUUUGGGCUUUCGUUACUAAGGAGUUCGAGAAUGUCCCUCUUUUUUGUA